AAAGAGUAAAGAAGGAAAAAGGAAAAGAGGACAGCGGCAGCAGCUGAACCUAUGUUUGUGUCGUGCGUGCGUGUCUGCCUGCCUGCCUGUCUCUGCUAGCUCAAUGUCUUCUUUCUCUUUUGCCUGCCCAGCCUCACUCACAGUCAGUCUCAGUCUCAGCUCAGCUCAGCUUGUUUAAUUAGCUUCAUGUAGGCCUUGAGCUCAGAAGAAAUAGGGGAUUGAAGUGAAGAGAGCACAGCAGCAGCUAUAUAGAGUACAAACAAAGAGGAUUCCUUAAUAUUCCUCCUCCAUCCAAUCCAUAUAUGUUUCCAUUCUAAUCGAUUCCUAGUCUUGUGCUCCACCACUGGCCUAGAACUAGAAAGAGUGUUCGCUCGUUCAUUAGCCUAGAUAGAUUUGGCUCCCCAAAUCCCUUCCCACUCGCAGCAGCAGCAGCUCCAUCGGAGGCCAGGGUGCCAAUCAAUGGAGCGUUGAGCCAGCAGCCACCACUACUCACUAGUAUGGAUCCGUCCGUCUGCGGCCUCCACCCGGGCGUCGCCGUCACCGGCUUCUGCCCCGCCUGCCUCCGCGACCGCCUCGCCGGCCUCCACCCUCCCUCCUCCGCCGACCUCCGCCGCUGCAAGUCCUUGUCCUACGCCCGCUCCUCAGCCGCUGCCGCCCAAUCCCACUUGGUGGAGCCGCAGCGCCGCUCCUGCGACCUCUUCAGCCAAGAACAGUACAACGCAGUGCCGGAGGCAGAGGAGGACACAACCGUCCGGAGAAUGGAGGAGCACAUCCACCCGCAAGAACCCUCCAGGAAGUCCUUGGGAGGCCUCCUGGGCAAGAAGUUGCAGCAAUGGCGCCGCAAGAGCAAGCUCAAGAAGGAGCCCAUGCCGCCGCCGGAGUCGGAGAUGCCCGGCCGGCACCGGCAGCACAGCUUCCAGGACGCGCAGCCGCGGCGCUCCUACGACGUGGACCCCCGUUUCUCGCCCCGCGCUUCGUGGGACGCCCGGUCGGGACCGGUGCCGGUGUUUGCUCACCUGCCGGCGACGAUGCUGUCUGUGGAAGAGGACAUGCCGGUCCCGCGCUCCGAUGGGCAAAUCCCCGUCGAGGAAGACUACUACUACUACUACUACGGUAAUGCAGAUGCUGUGCCCGGCGGCUGUGCGCAGACGAGGGAUUACUACCUGGAUUCCUCCAGCUCCAGCAGGAGGCGGCGAAGCUUGGACCGCUCCACCGCCUCUGGGCGCAAUUCAUUCUCCGAUGCCAAUAAUGAGCUGCCUAGGAUGAUGAAUGCCAAUGCCAGGGUCUCACCGGCCAUUGCCGCAGAGUUCUGUCACGCCCAGAGCGUUCUUGUCCAUCGUCAGUACUGCAGGGACCAGGGGCCAAGCAAUCUCCGCGACCGCGAUGGUUUAUCCGGGAGCUUUGGUUCGGCAUUCCUGGAUCACACCAAUAAGGGCGUGCCGGCAAACAAGCCUAAGAAGGGGAUCAGGGGCUGGAACAUAUGGGGCCUCAUACAUAAGAAGAGCAGCAGCAGGAAACCUGAAGCUGAUUAUCAUGGGCCAUUCUCAGCAGCAGCAGGAGCAGCAGGAGGAGGAGAGUACCCAUGUCCUCAGCUCCGCGCAAGGGGUUACAAUGGGCAGAUGAUGCUCCGGUGCCACAGCAGCGUAAGCGCGAGGAACUCUUUGAGCGGAGGCGCGGCGAUGAUUGGCGGGAGCGGGAGGAGGAGCACCUCUGGUGUGGAUGUCAAUGGCCAUGGCUUCGGGAGGAUGAGGAGGGACGAGGUCUUACUGGAGAGGAAUCUGAGCACAAGGCCUUGUUACUCGAGAUCAGCAGGGCCACCUCCUCCUCCUCCUCACCUUGAUCAUCCAAUGCAAUUCAGCCGGCCAAAUCAGAAUGGAGUUGUGUCCGGGAACAAGGGUCGUUCUUCCAGGGCCAGUUCGCUGCCUAGGAGGAGCACGCUUGGACUCUAGUCUGCUGAUCCGAGGCAGUAAAUUAAGGAAAUGAUCAGACAAGGGCCACAUUAUAUCAUUGUGCAUAGCCCAUGCAUAGUACUUUUAGCAUCCUCAUCGAUGGUCAUAAGCAUUGUUUCGUCUGGCUGACAAGGGCCAUAUAUAGCUACUGAGCUGGUUAUUGUGUUGGGUUAUACUAUACUCUGUUACAUACACACUACUUUUCUAACAGGGCCUUAGUUCCAACCCUCUAUUCUUCAGGGUUUGUAUGUUUUCUUCUUGUCGAUUCAAAGGUAGCAGUUUGG